ACUUAAUGGAGGAGCCGUGAACCGGGUCUGAGGCCCAGGAUUUGAAUCUCUGUACACUGCAACUGAUUAGAGGUGAAGGGACAUUCUCACACCUCUUUUGAAGUAGUUUCUGGCGCUCUGUCCGUGGGUGGGUGAGAGAAAACAGCAACAGUCAUGAAGUCUUCAUGUGAUGGUCAGAGAAGAAACUGAGAGGCUUGGUUCCUGCCCACCCUAGUGACUCAAUGCUGGAUGUUUAUGGAGGUCCCCACAUCUUUACACUUGAACCAGGCCAUCUCCCUGCUCCUCCCACUCCUCAGCCUGCUUGUGCUGGUUGCAGCUCAGUUCACUGUCAUGGGGCCAGCUAGUCCAAUCUUGGCCAUGCUGGGAGAAAACGUCACAUUAACCUGUCAUCUGUCACCUGAGAAAAAUGCUGAAGACAUGGAGGUGCGGUGGUUUCGAUCUCAGUUCUCCCCUGCAGUACUUGUGUAUAAGGGCAGGAGAGAGAGGACAGAGGAGCAGAUGGAGGAGUACCAAGGAAGAAUCACCUUUGUGAGCAAAGACAUCAGCCAGGGCAGGGUGGCACUGGUUAUCCACAAUGUCACAGCACGUGAAAAUGGCAAGUACUGCUGUUACUUCCAGGAGGGCAGAUCCUACGACAAGGCCAUCAUGCAUGUCAGAGUGGCAGGCCUGGGCUCCAAGCCCUUCAUUGAAAUGAAAGGCUACGAGGAUGGGGGCCUCUGGCUGGAGUGCACAUCUGCAGGGUGGUAUCCAGAGCCCCAUGCCGUGUGGAGAGACCCCUAUGGUGAGGUCACUCCCUCCUUGGAGGAAGCCUACACUGUGGACAGAGAUGGCCUCUUCACAGUCACCAUGGUUGUGAUUAUCAGAGAUUCCUCAGUGAGAAACAUGACCUGUUCCAUCAGUAACACUCUGCUUGGCCAGGAGGUGGAAACUGUGAUUUUCAUACCAGAGUCCUUCACACCAAGCCUGUCUCCAUGGACAGUGGCUCUGGCCGUCAGCCUAGUUAUUCUGAUGCUUCUCGUGUCUGGGAUCAUCGGUCUCAUCAAAAAACUCCACAGGGGGAAAAAGUGUGUGUCAGCAGAAAAUGAUAGUGAAUAUAAAGAAAGAGAAAUUGCACAGCAACUUCAAGAAGAAUUGCGAUGGAGGAGAACCCUCGUACAUGCUGCUGAUGUGGUUCUGGACCCAGACACAGCUCAUCCAGAGCUCUUCCUGUCAGAGGAUGGGAGAAGUGUGCGCCGGGGCCCGUCCCGACAGAGCCUACCUGACAAUCCAGAGAGAUUUGACUGCCGGCCCUGUGUCCUCGGCCGGGAGAGCUUCUCCUCAGGGAGACACUACUGGGAGGUGGAGGUGGAGAAUGUGAUGGUGUGGGCCAUUGGGGUUUGUAGAGACAGUGUUGAGAGGAAGGGGGAGGCCCUGCUGCUUCCCGAGAAUGGCUUCUGGACCCUGGAAAUGUUUGGGAACCAGUAUCGGGCCCUGUCCUCCCCCGAGAAAAUUCUUCCCGUGAAAGAGCACCUUUGCCGUGUGGCUGUUUUCUUGGACUACGAAGCUGGAGAUGUUUCCUUCUACAACAUGAGAGACAGGUCACAUAUCUACACAUGUCCCCUCUCGACCUUCUCUGGGCCUCUGAGACCGUUUUUCAGACUGGGUUCUGAUGACAGCCCCCUCUUCAUCUGCCCAGUGUUCACAGGGGCUCAGGGAGUCGUGGUACCUGAGGGUGGCCUGAUCCUACACAGGCCCAGGAUCUGCCACUGCCUGCAGGACCAGUUCUCUGGUCUCAGGGCCAUGUAGCGAAGCCAUGGCCUUCUCCACUACCAUGGCACUGCACCAUCUGAUAUGAAUGGGCCCUUUUCCCUCUGGCCACAGCAGCCUCACACCCAGCUCAGGUCUAGACCCAAUUCUCUUAUCUCUUAAGGCUUUAGUGGCUAUGGCACUUGGAAGGGUGGGGCAGGCCAUGUCUUCUUAGGGAACUGCUGAUGUCACACAGCUCUCAACUGGGAAGGAUGUGGAGAGAGCAAUGGACAGAAGUAGAAGUACUGAUGAUUCAAUACCUGAGUGAUAAGGCUGAACCAACUACUAGACUGUGAACGUGGGCAAGGGCAGUGGGAAGCAGCAGGAAUAUGAGAGGAAGGAGAACUGCAGAACCUUCAAUGUGGAAGCCAGUGAUGACAAUGACACAUAGAAGAAGUGUACCAGAGAAUGGGAACGCCAGAGGUUGCAGUUAAGCCCCACUAUGGCAGCUGCUAUGGGGUCUCUGGAGUUGAUCACCCAUUUAUACCCAACCCCCAAGAUUUCCAUAUCACACAACUAUGGGCCCAGACCUAGGAUGUAAAAGAAUGAAGAAUAAUGCAUUUGGAUUCGGCCUGGCUUGGGCAUCCUUGCAACAAACAGGAAGUAUCUCUCCACCACUGAGAGUGGCUUGAGUUUAGGUCUCGGCUGAGCAGGUAAGUAUGAAACCCAGUCUACCCCAGGGCUCAGAUUUAGUCAGACUGCAGCACUGUCAAUCUUCUUAGUCUCAAGAUGGCUUUAUUGAGGACCUGAAAUAGCUUUUCUUUUUUGGGGUUAACAUCCGUUACUAUUUAUGGCAUUUGAGAAAAUUUUAAAUGCAUUUGUAUCAAAACAGGAAUGAGCCAAACUAUAAGUUUAUAUAAACAGCAUGUUUCAGGAAAAGUAACUUGUUUUGAAAGCAAUAAUCAUUUCAUUAGAAAAUGUGGAGUUUUCACAUUUUCACACCUCUAAUACCUGGCUAGAUUCCCAUAGUUGCCUUUGCAUUUAAUCUGUUGCAAUAUCGAAGAACAAAAAAGAUCUACGAAGCCAGGUUUGGUGACACAUGCCUGUAAUACUAGCACUUGGGAGACUGAGGUAAGAGGAUUGCUGUGAGUUCAAGGUUAGCCUAGGCUUCCUAGUGAGUUCAAAGGCCAGCCUGUGCUACAUAGGCAGACCAUGUCUCAAAAAAAAGGACCUAGGAAUCUAUAGUAUACAGGAGUGAAAGAAUGAAAAUAAGAACAACAGAUACUAUACUAUUAUGAAAAGUAUUAAAAUUUCAGACCCUUGAAACUAUCAGAGGCUCCCAUAAGUCCUCAAUCCAUAUUUUAAGAACCAUGGUAGAUGAUCCUGAAAUUACAUAAUGUAUCUAAAAUGCUGGCUUAAAUGACAGUGAUUUCAAUUUAUGCUAAUUCAAUAAUCUGACGAUAAAACUGAGUUGAAAAAAGUGUUUUUAAGUCUAGAUCUUUAUUACUGAAGCUGCAAAUGGACACACAACAGAAAGUACCAAAAACAUAUUGAAACAGCUGAUUCAUUAAGAUGGAAGACUGAGUUGUAUAUGAGCAUGAUUUAGUCCCAUGAAGCUACUACAACAAAUAUAUCAUAGUGACUUUUAAAUAACAGACAUUUGUAUCUCACAGUUGUGGAAGCUGGAAAGUCCAAGGUCAAGGUACCAUUAGACUAGGUGCCUGGUGCUUACUUUCUGGUCCAUAGUCUUUGCUGGGUCCUCACAUGGAAAGGGUAAAGGAGCUCUCUUAAGAUUCCUUUUGUAAAGGUACCUCCCAUUCAAGUGGGAUCCAUCCUCAUGACUUGAUCACCUCUCAGAGAUGUUACCUCCCAUUAUAUCCACAUGGGAGAUUAAUUACAACACAUGAAUUUGGUAGGAUACAGACUGUCAGUUCAUUGCAGUGUAUGGUACUGCUGUUAUAAUUUAUUUGGAAAUUUUUGCUAAAAGCAUUAGACUGUAAGGACUCAAAUAUUACUAAUCAUCGGUUAUAUUAAGCAAUUUAUAGACCUUCAGUGCUCUAUAAUUUGUUUUUUAAUGGUGCCAGUGUUCAAACCCAGAGCACAGUGCAUGCUAGCCAAAUGUUCUAACACUGAGCUGUUCCUUAGACCUAAAAUAAAGGGAUUUGUGGGGGGAGGAGUGGUAAUCGGGUAACAAACUCAGGACCUCACAUUUGCCAGGCAGGUACUGUACCACUGAGCUAAAUCCCUGGCCCCCUAAAAUAAAGUUUUAAGAGAGUUUAUAUGACUUAUUAUAGUUUACAGAAUAGUUUCUAUACAGUAUGCUGUGUCACUGGGUUCUCAAAGAAAAUAUAUUUAUCUCCAUUUAACAGUAAUAUACUGAGGUCUAGCAAGUUAAAAUGAUACUUUUUGUUCAAGGAAAGUAGUAUUCUUGCUCAGUAAAUCAGACCUCAUCUUUAAGAUGCCUUCCAAGCGUUGAAACUAGACAUGAACACAAUGCUAGACACUGUUUAAUCAUUCAGAUAGCAAAACGUGUCAUGCUGUCUUCUACUCCCAUCUUAACUUUCCCAUCAAGUUCCACACAUGUAAUGUGCCCAGUGUGCAAAAGCACCAGUGUAACCACCAAGUAGAUUCCUUAUCUCAUUGGAGUUAACUUGUAAUUAGGAUUAAACAAAAGAGGAAGAACAUAAACCAAGUUGUGCCUGAUGCCAUGAGUGAAGUAAAUGGAACAGUGUUAUGGAGAACUGUGGCAUGGGACUACUUCCAGGGCAGUCUAGAGAGGGCCUCCUGGAGAAAGUGACAGCUUUGCUGAGGCUUAAAACAGAACCAUCUUGUGGGUGAGGGGGGGGGGGUAACUGAACAGUGGGAUCAGCAAGCACAAAGCAAGAUGAAAUGACCACUGAUGGAACCUGAAGAGGUUCAUGUGCUCAAAACAAAGAUGAAAAAUGGGACAGGCAGAAGACUUCGCAAAAGCAGGCCAUGUACUCUCAGCACCCCAGGUAGAGUACAGUUCAGCCUUAUCAGCAUAUCCUUUUCCCACAUCUCAGAUGGCAACACAGAGAAAAAAUAGAAGGAAGAGGUCCUGUACUUCCGGCCCCACCUGCUGCACCCACUCCUCAUUGGUUUCUUUUGAUUUCACUGUGUGACACAAGUGAAAUCACAUUGCCCACAUCUUGGAACCCCCCCUACUCACCUAUUCAGUUCACCCACUCAUUCAGCAUGACACUUGAGCAUGAUGUAAUUGUCAGUGUUGCAGAAGCUAAGGGCACACUCUUUUUUAUCUCAAUCUCCUUUUUAUUAUCUACUUUUUCAUUUUUAUCCUUUUAAUUAAGGGAAAAAUAAAUAAAAAUAACAGGAUAUAUUAUAGUAACCCACUUUGAUUUCCUAUUAACUUGAUUUGAAACUCUGUAUUGCUCUCACCAUCUUGUUUUGACUGAUUUUCCUCUAUUCUGUUAUGCUUGAUAGUACCAAGUUUGAAAGUAUAGGCAACAACUAUGAAGACAAUAAGAUUCAUUGUGACGCCCAUUCUGGUUAACUAUUAUCUUUUGAAGUCCUCUAAUGUCUCCAAUGUUUUGGUUUUAUUGGUCUUAUUCUUUACUGUUUUGUUCAAUUUUAUUAUAACUGAUGAUAUAGGCAAUUCUUUUUUAAGAUAACAAGAGGCAUUAUGGUAACCAUUGUUGAUCACCUUGUAUUUUGUUUUUACAUUAUGUAUUAUGUCCAUCCUUUUGAUUUGACUGACUCUGUCCUGGUAUGUCACAUUUGGUUUUACUUUCUUCAAAAACAAAAAAAAGUAAUAAGAACUGUGGGAGCAAUAAAACCCAAAAUGUGUAAUUGUCAUUGUACAAAAGAAAGGAAAAGAAAGUUCUCCAAAAGAUAUAACUGCAUAUAUAUUUAAGUGUAUAAGAUAGAUAACCAUAUUACUGAGUUUUGUUGGAUCAUUGAACACAACUGUUUGCAGUCUCACUGUUUGAAAGUCCCCUCUAUAUGCUUUAAUUUUGUAACUUCAACAACUAUUUCUAAGAUGACAAUAUGUAAUUAACUAGUGAUUUCCUACUGUUUAUUUUUUCUGAAAUUCUGUAUAACUUGUACCCUUCUUCUGUUUUUUUUUUCUUUUUUCUCCUUAAAUAAAAUUUUAAAAAAAAAGAAGCUAAGGGCACAGAAGAGUUAACAAAACAGAAAGUUCCCAUUCAGAAAGACCUACCCUGUGGUAGGAGACAGAAUAAAAAUGUUAAAUGUA